CACCGGGAACAGUUCUAGUUCUAAAAACUUGACGACUUCCGAUAAAUUGUAGAAAGCUAUGAUUCGAGGCAGGAUUAGCAAGGAUAUCGAAAUAGGAUAAAAUCAAGCAGUAUUUAAAAUAAAAUAUAGGAGGGCAACAUGUUUAGAAUCUGUAGUUUAAAGUACUUGUGUGGCAGUUUGAUCUGUCUUUACUUUUCUUGUAAUAUGGUUUCUUGCAACUUGAUUGAGGUCGACAAAAACAUUUUAGAGGAUGCCAAUCUAAUCACGCCUGAUCUAAUCAAAAAAUAUGGAUAUCCGGUGGAAACCCAUAAGAUUCAAGCAAAGGAUGGCUUUGUCCUCACGGCCCAUCGAAUUCCAAAGCCCGGCGGACAACCAGUUUUGAUGGUACAUGGCCUGCUGGAUAGUUCAAUUGCAUAUGUGAUUUUGGGACCGGAAAGGUCCUUGGGCUUCCUGCUCAGCGAUUUGGGGUACGAUAUUUGGCUGCUCAACACCCGGGGAAAUCGAUAUUCGCGCAAGCACAAGCGAUUCCAUCGAUACCAGCCGCAGUUCUGGGAUUUCUCCUUUCACGAACUCGGGAUCUACGAUCUUCCUGCUGCCGUCGAUUAUGUCCUUGCGAGGAGCAAGGGAUUCGAGCAGAUCCACUACGUGGGUCACUCGCAGGGCACAACAUCCUUCUUUGUGAUGGGCAGUGAGCGACCUGCCUACAUGAAAAAGAUCAAAUCAAUGCAGGCCCUGGCUCCGGUGGCAUAUUGGGAUUACAUCGACUCACCCAUUAUUCUAACUUUUGUAAAGUACCUAAGGCCCUUGGCAUUCAUUGCUAAAUCGCUUGGCAUCCACGAAUUUCUACCGGAAAACGAUGUUUGGCGAAGACUUGGUAAUAAGCUCUGCAGCUUUGUGUUUCAAAACACUUGUGCCUACUUCAUCCAGGAGGUUAUGGGCGUGGAUUUCAAGCAGUUCAAUACCAGCCUGGUGCCGCUUUUCACGGGACACGCAUCCUCGGGAUCAUCCUUAAAGUCCCUGUGGCACUAUGGUCAACAGAUCCACAGUGGAGGGUUCUUCAAGUACGAUUACUACAACUCCUGGGAGAAUCGAAGAAGACACGGCGCCGACACUCCGCCACAGUACAAAGUGGCUAACGUUGAUUGCAAAGUUGCACUGUACUACAGUAAAAACGAUCGCCUGACCUCCGAUAUAGAUGUUGUGAGGUUACGCGACACUCUGCCAAAUGUGGUGCUCGAUUACCUGAUACCGGAUCCCCUUUAUAACCACGUUAAUUUCAUUUGGGGAAACGACGUGAAAACAGUGAUAAAUGAUCGUAUGGUGGAAAUCAUGCGGAAAGUGGAUAACGGCGAGUUGUAGGCUGAUUCUUGACGUGAAAACAGUGAUAACUGAUCGGUGGAAAUCAUGCGGAAAGUGGAAAACGGCGAGUUGUAGGUUGACUUUUGACGUGAAAACAGUGAUAAAUGAUCGUAUGGUGGAAAUCAUGCGGAAAGCGGACAACGGCGAGUUGUAGGUUGAUUUUGAAAAAAUAUUAGAAUGUGCCAAAAAUGAAAUCCAAAUUUAUUUUACCUUAAUAAAGAAUAUCUUUCUCGUAUUAGAAAUAUCCACCUAACAAAUAUAAAAUACA